AAAAUCCCAGGAACCCCCGGCUCUGUAGCAGACCUUAACGUGUGUCCACACUGAACAUCCAGGAUGACAGGGAUUAUUCUGUUUCUCUUGUUUCUGGGGAUUCCUCUUUAUAAGUCAGAGGAGCAUGCUGUCAAUGAGUUGUACACCCUGAUAGAAAAGGGUCAGACCAGCUUUGUGGAUCCGACUCCGAGCAACCAGAGCCGGCUGGUGGUUAAAGAGCCCUCCCUGCCCAUCAACGAGCUUCUAGAGAAGAGCAGCAAGACCGGCGACUCCAAAUUCACCCUCCAUCCUCUACCCUCUGCAGUCUGGCCAAAGCACAGUGACCUGGCCCCUAUUCCUCACCUCCACAGCCCCCACAACAAGAGCAAAAAGGGCCCCAAGAACGACCGUCUGGUGGAGCACAACAGCGAGAAAACCAGAGGAGAAGUCGCCGGUCUGCUUCCCAAAACUCCCCUGACAGGAGCUACAGCUGCUGCCACAAACCGCACCGUGCAGAAGACCAACCAGGACACCCAGUCCAACAUCAGUCCUCCUCAGCAGAGUGAACCAGACGCACACCCCAACUCCAGACCCAGGGGCCCACCGCACACACAGACUCAGACUCAGCCGCACCAACCGGCCCCUUCCCCACGCAGAGAGCCCCCCAGCCGACGGCUGGACCCGGAGGAGAACCGGCCGGGGAAGUCCAGUCUCUAUCAGUCAGGCAUCGGUGCUGCAACUCGGAACAACAGCCGCCCGCCUGUCGUCUUCAACCGGCGCUCCUCCAGCCUGCUUUACCAGUUCGACAUCCUGAGGCGAGAGUCCGACUUCACACAUGAUGCCUUUUGCAUGAGCGAGUGCAGGAAGGAGAAGGAGGAGAGAGAGUAUUACUGCUACAGUGAGUUUGCUGUCAACGGGGUAGUUCACGACAUCGAUGUGUUGCGUAAAGGAAUCCGUCUCAUUACACUGAUGGUGAGCAGUGACGGCUUCUACAAGAUGAGUCGUCUCUAUGUGACACCAGACAGCUUUUUCUUCAAAGUUCGCCUUCUGGUCCUGGACACCUACAAGUGCAGCAAGCCCUGCCCUGACAUCAAGCUCGGGACCAGAUACAUUAUAAUGGGCCAGAUCUAUCACCGGAGGCGCCAUCUUCCCAGUGACCUCCUAAAUCUCCUGGGGGGUAAACUGAAGCCCGGAGACGGCCUCCUGCGAAGCAACAACUACGUCAAGAGGUUCAACAAAAGGAGGCACCAGAAAGCUCUGGAGGCCACCCGCUCCAGGUGUAGGUGAAUCAAAGAUAGGACUAUCGUCCCCCUGCUGCAGGGGAAGAGACACUGCAGCUUACCUGAACUGAUCAUAACUAACCCCUCAGUAUUGUGCAAGACAGAAGACAUUGUGCGGAAGGCAUGGAUUUAUUUUUGGUAUGGACUGCUGUGAUGUAUCAUAAUCCUGGUUCGUCUUUUUUACUCAUGUGUAAAGUUCCUGAUGUCCUGACUUGUGGUCUCUUUGAUAGAAAACACAAGCAGCAUCAAUUAAAUGGAUUUUCCAUGAACAAUUUGUAAUAUUUGGGGCAUGAAACAAGGGCAUCCCCUCGGCCCACAAUGAUUUUCUCAAAAUAGCAGCUCCACUCAAACUCCUCAUUCAUGGCUGGUUCAUGAAGUCCCUAAAUUGAAAAUUUGUACAAUUGGCUCACAUUUAAAGGGAAAUUUGGCUUACCUGAAGCAAACUGCUUUCCAUUUAGCAUGACAUUAGUUUAUAGAAUGGAUGUGUUUUAUCAUCUUGCAUCAGCAUUCACAUGGGUAUAUUUCUUCUUGUGUUUAACAAGCCGAUAUUUGUGCUGAGAAAGAAACAUUGUCAGAUCUGCCGUCUUUAUUCCCACUAUACUCCAUAUGAAAAUGCAUACAAAUAAUUGGUUUAAGGUUGUUUUUACAGCUGAUGCAGUUGAGUAGUAGCAAGAGUAAAUUCCAAAGCAUGCUCUCAUAUUUAACAAUCAAAUUCCAGAUCCAAAACAACACUUUUGCGAGAUAUCGAGGAGAAACUGUGUUCAAAAUAAUGCCAGCUACUUAGUAGCCAACAUUUUUGGAAAUGUAGGACCCUUGGAUCUCAUCUUACAAAUCCAAAAUUUUAACCAUGUUGAUUCCUUUGAUUAAUCUAUGAUGCUUCUAAAUUGGUAUGAAUGCAACAUGUUGUAUUGCACUGAAUAGUAUUGUUUUGUAACACCCAACCCCGUGCAUGCUAUUACUGUGGUUGUUAUUGGUAAGCAGGAAAUGCACUAUUAUUAUUACAAGGACCAAAGGGAGGGAAUGAAGAGCCUCAAAAAGCAACAGCAAACCCCCAGCGGAGGAAGAGGGAGAGCACAGGACCUUUGCUUGUCAUGAGAGCGGCAUAUUUUCCUAACUUUAAUUAUGUGUCCAUGGUGAAAUAUCUGCCCGAGUAGACUGGGACAUCAAAAGGGGCCUUGCAGAAUGAGGAGGGGGGGCCGUUGUUGUAGGGACUAAGCCAUAAAUCUAAUCGCGGGAAUCUGAUCCUCUCCGCACCUGGACACAUGACUUGGAAACGUGCCUCCGUCACAGCUCCUCUUUGGGAUGGCUCUUGUUCUCUUGCUUACACACAAACACACUCCUCCGGGACAGGCAAAGCUCAAAUAGGGGUAUUUGAAGUAUUUAGGCAGGAUCAGAGAAAUAGGGAAGGUUAUGUAAAAUGACACAGGGAGGGGAUUGAAGCAGGAGAGGGGGUGUUGGGUCUAUGUUUCUAAAGGGAUUGCUUCUUAUUUUAUCAGAAAUCCCUGGCUUGAUUGUAGUACGACCCUGAGCUCACGCUUCGUAUGAAAGGGUAAAGAUUUAAAGAUUUGCACUGAACGCUUACAUUUGCUUUACUAUAUAUGAACCCAAUAAAAAUGUGUAUUGGUUUUGUACUCAA